CGGCUUUGACGAAGAACAUGGCCAUGGAGGGAAGAACGCUACGUCCAAAGAGGCCACCUCGGCCAGAGGGGGGAAAGAAGAACAACCCCUGGACAUUGUUGAAGUGAAUAGCAUUGACCAUGAUAAGCGCGGAAUAUGAUGCUCUUAUGGCUGAUGCUAAAGGUGAGGGCGAGGAGGUACGAACGGCUAGCGGAUCAGUUGAAAGAGGAGGGGUACAACAAGACGGCGGAGGACUGUCGGAAAAGUGGGCAAAAAUGAAGGACAUCGUCAGCCAAAUCAUGGACAAGUGCUACAGGUACGGGGAGUCGGGCUACUUCAACAUGACCACAGAGCAGCGGAGGGAGAAGGACGUGUGCACAACAUUCGAGCAGCGUCUUUGGGAUGCGAUGGAGUGGUGGCGAUUAAAGAAGUCCUAUACGUGCGACACCACUCUCGCCUCCGAGGAGUUGGGAGGUGGCUGAUUGGGGCAAGGUGGUGGAGGGAGUGGAUCGGGGCAAGGUGGUAGGGGGAGCGGAUCAGGGCAGGCGGGCAGGACCACAUCGGAUGGCGGCGGCACAAUCGCGUCGAUCCGUUUGACACCAGUGCGAAGUGGCGAAGGAGAUCGUCCGGGAGGGUGCGAG